AUGGAGGCUCGUUGCGAUAACGGCGUGUCGUCGGCGACGGAAACGAAAGCUGGACCUUCGUCGAGCAAUGGCGAACAAUGCAGCAGCACGUUGGACGACGCAGUGGGCAAGUUGCUACAAGGCUACGAUUGGACCCUACUUCCGGUAACAUCUCGCGCGGGAGGACGAAGGAGCGCCCACGUGAAACGUCCGAUGAACGCGUUUAUGGUCUGGGCUCAGGCGGCUAGACGCAGGUUAGCCGAUCAGUAUCCUCAGCUGCACAACGCCGAGUUGUCGAAAACGCUGGGAAAACUGUGGAGAAUUCUAAGCGACGGUGAGAAGCAACCGUUCGUAGAGGAGGCUGAGAGGCUGAGGAACGCUCACAAGAAACAGCAUCCACAUUACAAGUAUCAACCACGUAGAAGGAAACCAAAACCGGAGGAACAGAUGGGUAUCGUGAUGCAUCGAGCUACCUUGUCGUCUCCUGGCACUUCUCUUGAUUCUACGAGCUCGUCCGAGUGCACGUAUCCCCGUCUGUAUUCGGAUACCGGGCUGAAAACGUACGAAAGACCAACGUAUCACGAGAGCAAACCUACCUACGAUCUGUCCAGGUCAUCUUGGCCCAGCGACGCGACCAAGUACCCGACCGAUCACGAGAGUAAACCGUACGAAUCGAACGCGAAGAGUUACGUGGACGCGAAAUGUUACGAGGCUGUCAAAUAUCACGAAGUGUCCGCAGCGAAAUACCACGACGCAGUACCGAAAUACUCGGAGCUGCAAGCGAAACCUUACGAUUUACCGAAGUACCCGGAAAACUUGAAAUAUCCCGCGGACAUGACGAGUCCUACUAAAUCGUACGCGUGCGUGCAUAGUCAGUAUUAUUCCGCUCCCGAGGGAUACGCGAUGCACGAGGACAACGAUUAUCAGACGCAGGGUGUAUCGACUCAUUCGUUUUAUCCUUAUAUAUCCGCGUCCAUGACACAGCCUCCGUAUUACAUGGGACCCCGAUAG